AGCCCUGAACAAAAUGUUUGUAUACAACCACAAGCAGUCAGAGUGGAGGGAGCUGGCUGCCAUGAAGACAGCCAGAGCCAUGUUCGGAGCUGUCAUUUACAACGGAAAGAUUGUGGUGGCCGGUGGAGUCAACGAGGAAGGCCUCACUGCUGCAUCUGAAGUCUACGACUUUGGAACAAAGGAGGAGGGUAAACGUUAUUAGUCAUCUUGAGUCAGGAUGGCCUUAAUUAUAAAGAGUCCCCCUGAUGCUAUCCCUAAUGACCUUCUUUCGCAGAUGGGAGACGUUCACAGACUUUCCCCAGGAGAGGAGCUCAGUGAACCUGCUGAGCAGUGAGGGGGCCCUGUACGCCGUUGGGGGCUUCACCAUCAUCCAGAAUCACAACAAGGAGGUGGUCCCCGCAGAGGUCACUGAUGUUUGGCAGUACGAAGAGGACAAGAAGGAAUGGAGCGGGAUGCUGAGGGAGAUGCGUUAUGCCGCUGGCUCCUCCUGUGUGUCCCWGCGCCUCAAUGCUGCCAAGAUGCCCAAACUCUAGACCCUCGCUGCGCCAUCAUGAUUCCCCAUGAUGCCCUCUGUCUGCCCGGAUUAUCAUCAUCUUCUCUGGGUAGUCUUUCCAUUUCAGUAAUAGAGGGGGUGUCACCGUCACAUGACAACUCAAAUGUAGACUCUUAUUGGUUGAAUGUGUCGAGAGUUUCUUUUUGUCUCUUUAUGAUCUCAGGUGAUUUUCUAUACAAUAAAAACAACAUCUACUUUGCUUCAGUGAAGACCACAUUAGUAUAUUAGUUUCCCUCACUAUCGAGUAACCCACAACGUGUAUUUAACUAGCUUUUUUGUAAAGUAAACAUUUGUUAAAAAACUCCUGUUAUGGUUGAUUUGAAUUUGGAGUAACAGUAGUCGCCAUUUUUCAUGGCUAGUUUAGUUGAAGGAUUAACCCCUUUUUUUCCCUUUUCGUCUAAAAU